AGAAAAUCGUGGUCGAGAGUCGAGUGUUUUGGAAGAACGUUUUAUGUUUGUUACUUCGUAUCUGAGUUAUAUGAGUAGUUUUAUAUUUUUGGUAAACAAACGAAGUAAGGUAUUCUAAUGGACCAGACGUAGCGUAAAGGGAUAAGAUUUUGAUUGAACAAUCAAAAUGGCACCGCCGGACCCAGUCACCCAGAUGAACACGUACCGGUCGUACGUGACCAUGCUGGCUGAUCCGGUUUCCAAGGACGAGUUGAAACUGAAGGCCGCUCAAGAAUUGUCCGAGAAUUUCGAGGUCAUUAUGUGCUCCUCGCAAUACCCGGCGUUUCUCGAUCACAUGAUGAAGAUAUUUCUGAAGAUUCUUCAAGAAGGCGAGCCGCACUUCAUAUCGGAAUACAAUAUACAACAGGUCAGGAAGCUGAUCCUGGAGAUGAUACACAGGUUGCCGAGCAACGACUAUCUUCGUCCGUACGUGAAACAAAUCUUGAGCUUAAUGUCGAAACUGUUGGAGACCGACAACGAAGAGAACGUGCUGGUCUGUCUGCGGAUCAUCAUCGAGCUGCACAAGCAGUACAAGCCCGCCUUCAAUCCGGAGAUACAGUAUUUUCUGCAAUUCGUGAAAUCGGUGUACAGCGAGCUACCAAAGAACCUACCAAAAAUAUUCGAGCCCCGUCCGCCGUUAAGGGUGAAGGAUUUGUCGGAGAUAAACAUAGAGGCGCUGCUGAAAGAGACGUUCACAAUCACGGCUAUACAGAGCGAGAAGAAGGCUGCGGAUGGCACAGUAGUCACAUACAAUCUCAUUCCCAAAGCAGUUCUGUCCUUAAAAGUGCUUCAGGAGCUACCGAUCAUAGUCGUGCUAAUGAACCAACUGUACAAGCAGAACGUGCACCAGGACGUCUCGGACUUCAUCCCCCUGGUGAUAACGACGAUAACCCUGCAGCCGAGUCCUCAGCACAGAGGCUCCCCGGGAUUCAACAAAGAAGUGUUCGUCGACUUCAUGGGGGCUCAGAUCAAGACGCUGUCUUUCCUAGCCUACGUGAUCAGAAUCUACCAGGACGUGGUGUCUCAGCACAGCUCCAUAUUGGUGAAAGGCAUACUGGGUCUGUUCACGCUGUGUCCCAUGGAAGUGGCGCACCUGCGAAAGGAGUUGGUGAUAGCUUCGAGACACAUCCUAGCCACGGAUCUUCGGAACAAGUUCAUCCCGCACAUGGAGUGUUUCUUCGACGAGGACAUCUUUAUCGGUCGAGGCUGGACGACUCACGAGUCGCUGAGACCAUUGGCGUACUCGACUCUGGCAGACUUGGUCCAUCACGUGAGGCUGUUGCUACCCUUGAGCGACGUUUCCAGGGCGGUGCACUUGUACAGCAAAAACCUGCUGGACCAGAGUCUUCCGACCGCGGUGCAGAUGGUGUCUUGCAAGUUGCUGAUGAACUUGGUGGACACGGUCAGGCAGAGGUCCGACGCAGAGAACAGCACGCAAGGCAGGGAGCUGCUGAUGAGGAUUCUCUUGGUGUUCGUCUUGAAGUUCAAGACGAUAGCGAAGAUCUACAUACCGAUCCUGAGGAACAAAACGAAACAACUGGCCCCUCCGGGCCUGGACAUCAAGACAGAGGACGUGAAACCUGUUAUUCCCGAUUUGAACGAGGAAAAGGAGGCAGGGAAGUCCAAGUUCGGAUUCCCCUCGUCCCAGGCGAUGAGCUUCAACGUGGGCGACUACAGGAACCUGGUGAAGAGCCUGGUUCACGGCGCGAAGGCCAUCACUUCGAACUGCAUCAACUCGAAGACGGGAGAAGUGACGCAGUCCAACCAAUUUCAGUCGAAGGAGACUCUGGUCUAUAUCAAAUUAGUGAAGUGGGCUCUCCCUGCGCUGGAUAUAUACACCAUAGGUCCGCCAACGAUUGGAGCCAUCGCUCAGCCAGGAAGACCCGCUCAAUCUCAGACCAUUCGCACUCGCGAGGAGAAAGAGGUUCUGGAGCUUUUCGGAAACGUGUUCACUCAGAUGAACCCUCAGACGUUCCAAGAGAUCUUCUCCACGUCCAUCGACUACAUGGUCGAGAGGAUCUUCAAGAACUGCGCGCUGCAGAUCAUCGGUAGCGCCUUUCUAUCUAGCCCGACUAUAUCCUCGACCUUCGCGACCAUUCUAGUGGAGUACCUGCUGGAACGAAUGGGGGACAUGGGCUCCAACGUGGAGAGGAGCAACUUGUAUUUGAGACUCUUCAAGUUGGUCUUCGGCAGCGUGUCUCUGUUCCCCGCUGAGAACGAGCACAUGCUGAGGCCCCACCUGAACCAGAUAGUCAAUCGGGCGAUCGAGCUCGCCAUGUCCGCGAAAGAACCCUACAAUUAUUUCCUAUUGUUACGAGCUUUGUUCAGAUCUAUCGGCGGUGGAUCCCACGAUCUCCUCUAUCAAGAGUUCUUGCCUCUGCUGCCGAACAUGUUGGAAGGCUUGAACAGACUGCAGUCCGGUCUGCACAGGCAGCACAUGAAGGAUCUCUUCGUCGAAUUGUGCCUUACCGUCCCAGUGAGGCUCAGCUCCCUCUUGCCUUAUUUACCGAUGCUGAUGGACCCCCUUGUCUCAGCCCUGAACGGCAGCUACGGUCUGGUCAGCCAAGGGUUGCGGACUCUGGAGCUCUGCGUCGACAACCUCCAACCUGAUUUUCUCUACGAGCACAUUCAACCUGUCCGAGCAGACCUGAUGCAGGCUCUUUGGAGAACCCUGCACAAUCCAACCGAUCAAGCUCACGUAGCCUUCCGGGUCUUAGGAAAAUUCGGAGGGGGGAAUAGAAAGAUGAUGAUCGAACCCCAGAAGCUGGAGUACAACGACCGCGAGACCAACUCGCCUGCGAUCGUCGUCUACUUCCAGGAACCUACCAAGCCCAUCGAUUUCACUGUAGAGAAAGUGAUAGAGACUGCGUUCAACGCCCUGAAGUCCAACAACACCGAUUCCUUCUACCGUAGACAGUGCUGGGAAGUGAUCAGCUGUUACUUGGCAGCUUCUUUGAGACUGGACGACAACAACGGGAUACUGUACAAACUCUUCAUGCACCCCAGCUUCAAGGAAAGCAAGAUUCCUCAUCAACAGGGCCCUCAUUACAAAUGUCCCGACGCUGUAGCGAGGAACGUGCAGCAGACAGCGCUGACGGGACUCUUCGUAGCCGCGGAGAUCAAAGAAUUGAGACACUCUGUGCUGGGUACCGUUGUGUCGAUCGUGAGACAUUAUACGAUGGUAGCGAUCGCUCAGCAGGCUGGGCCGUUUUGUUUGACCGGGAGACAAGUUCGUAUGCAGGGUCAGGAUCCUCUGGUCUUGAUCGACGCUUUGGCGGUGAUUAUGGGUCACGAAGAGAAGGAGUUGUAUAAAUCUGGUCACCUCGCUCUGGUUCUGAUCCUGGAGACUGCUACCAACAUUCUGGGAUCGAAGGAGAGAGCUUGUCAAUUACCGCUGAUGGAGUACCUGGCAGAGAAGAUGUGUUCUCUCUGUUACGAGAGAGCCUGGUACGCGAAACUGGGUGGCUGCAUAGCCAUCAAGUUUCUUUUCGAGAGGAUGGCAACCAAAUGGGUGUUGAACCAUCUGUUCGUAUUCUUGAAAGCCUUGAUGUUCGUAAUGAUGGACCUAACGGAGGAAGUAUCCAAUGGAGCUAUAGAUAUGGCCAAGGCCAACCUGGAGAAGAUGCUGCGAGUUUGCGUGAACCCUGGGAUCCAAGAUGGAAACACCGAGCUGAUAGAAGCGCAGAACAAGAGCCUCUACGACGUCACUCACGAGCUGGUGAGGCAGGUAACAUCUCCGCACACCUUAGUGAGGGAACAGGCUAUGGCAUCUUUGCGUCUGCUAGCAGAGAUUCAGAAUAAAACAGUGACAGAGGUAAUGGAGCCACAUAAGGAAGUUUUAGCGGACAUGAUCCCACCUAAGAAGCAUUUACUGAGACACCAGCCUGCUAACGCUCAGAUCGGUCUGAUGGACGGAAAUACCUUCUGCACGACGCUGAAUCCUCGUCUCUUCACGAUCGAUCUAACCGUAAUGGAGCACAAGGUGUUCUUUCAGGAGCUGCUAGCCCUCAGCGAAGCGGAGGAUGCGAAUUUGAACAAGCUACCUUGCUACAAAUCGGUGUCGAACCUCAUCCCACUUCGGAAGUCAGCAUUGAGAGCUCUCGCUGCUUGUCAUUACAUAGUAGCUUGCAGGGAGAAGAUCUUCGGGGUCCUGUACAAGGCUCUCGAGAAACCGAACGCCGAGCUGCAGGAGGCAGCUUUCGAGUGCAUGCAGAAAUUCAUCGCUGGAUUCCAGAUUGACAUGGAGUCCGUUCACACUAUCAUGCGACCGAUGCUACUGACUUUGGGUGACCACAGGAACCUGAGCCUCAACUGUGUGAAGAGGCUCUCGUACCUGACGCAACUGUUCCCCAGCACCUUCAGUAUCACUCUCUGCGAGCAGCUGCUGCAGCAUUUGAAGAAGCUCUUGGAGAACUUGAUACAGGCGCACAAGGGGAUAUCGAAGUCCGGAGAGAACGAGCAGAAGAUAGCCACGAUCAUAGGCAUCUUCCACGAGAUUCCAGCAGCUACUCCGAAGUUCAUCGACGUACUGUGCAGGCUCGUUCUACAGACGGAAAAGUCGCUGAUGGUCGAGGUCUCCAGUCCAUUCCGGAUUCCUUUGAUGAAGUUCUUGCUGCGCUACCCUACCGAGACGCUGAAUUUAUUUUUGCACGACAAUAACAUCAAGGACCAGCAGUGGAGCAAGUACCUGGAAUUUCUCAUCAAGCAGAAGGAUGGGAAACCGUUCCGCGAUGUGCUGCACAACAGCACUGCUAGAUUGAUAACGAUGCUGCUCGCUCACUCACAGACCAACUCGAAUCUGACUCACACCGAGAAGAGCGAGCUUCAGCAUCAGGCGAUCAAGAUCAUCGCGGUUCUAAUUAAAUUCGACGAGCAAUGGUUGUCGACGCAGACUCAGCUGGUCGGUGCUUUGAAGCAGAUUUGGUGCAACGACGAGUAUCAAGCUCUGCACAAGAAAGUCGAAAGCGUGGACUAUUGCCACUGGAAGGAGCCGAAGUUGAUAGUCAAGAUCUUGCUGCAUUAUUUUCGCCACCAUUCCAAGGACAUCGACCUGCUCUUCCAGCUGCUAAGGGCCACCUGUGACAGGUUCAUCCCCGAUUUCCAGUUCUUGAGGGACUUCUUGGAGCACACUGUGGCUCAGGAGUACACGGUCGAGUGGAAGCGCAGCGCGUUCUUCAAAUUCGUCGAACAUUUCCCCACGAACAAUUUAUUCCAAGAGUUGAAGGCCAACGUUCUCCAAUUGAUCAUCAUCCCCUGCUUUGCCGUGAGCUUCGAGAGAGGAGAGGGUACUAAGUUAGUUGGAGGAGCGCCGAUGCCUUAUCAAGAUAAUCCAGAGAACGUCGUGUCGGUAUUUAUCAGCAAGAUCAUAGAUCCCGACAAUCCCUUCGGAUCCGCCGACUGCGUUCGCAUUUCCUUGCUUCAAUUCUCUUGUCUCCUAGUCGAGCAAGCUUCUCAGCACAUUCACGAUGUCACCAAUAAGAGGCAGGGUAACAAGCUCCGACGACUGAUGACCUUCGCGUGGCCGUGUCUCCUGGGCAAGAACUGCGUCGACCCAACGACCAGAUACCACGGCCAUUUACUCUUGAGCCACAUAAUCGCUAAAUUCGCCAUCCAUAAACGAAUAGUUCUUCAGGUUUUCCAUAGCCUAUUAAAAGCACACGCCUUAGAUGCUCGAAACGUGGUGAGACAGGCUCUAGAAAUCCUGACUCCUGCGAUGCCAGUCAGAAUGGAAGAUGGUAACACGAUGUUGACACACUGGACCAAAAAGAUCAUCGUAGAGGAAGGUCACUCUAUGCAGCAGCUAUUUCACAUCCUCCAAUUGGUGGUCAGACACUACAAAGUGUACUAUCCAGUGAGACACCACCUGGUCCAGCACAUUGUGAAUUCUAUCCAGAGGCUAGGAUUCAGUCCCACUGCUACCAUCGAGCACCGGAGAUUGGCUGUCGAGUUGGCAGAGGUUAUUAUCAAAUGGGAGCUGCACAGGAUCAAGGACGAGGCUGAGAGUGCCGAAUCCGGUGGCACUAGAGGGGCCCAAGGUUCGUUGAAAAGACCUAUGAACGAUGAUCCUGCGGGGACCAAGCGGAUGACCACUCAGGCGGCCACAGGAAACGCUACCGUUCCUGUGAUCCUGCCUAGAAUAGAGCCCGGAUCUACAAAGCCGAUCGAGAGGGCACACGCCGACGCAAUUCUCAAUUUCCUGCUCCGUCUGGCCUGUCAGGUGAACGACGUCACUACCAUUCAUGGAAAUCCUGGCGAACAGCUUUCUAGACGCUGCGUGGCCUUGCUGAAGAUGGCCCUGAAGCCGGACGUCUGGCCCCAGUCCUGCGAUUUGAAGCUCGCUUGGCUGGACAAGGUCCUUGCCAGCGUCGACAGCACUCAGCCAAUUUUUGGAAACAUUUGCACAGCUUUGGAAGUGCUCACCUUCUUGCUGGGUGUGAUGAAGAGAGAGCAGAUACUCGCAAGCUUCAAGUCUCUGCAAAGAGGCAUCGGGGCUUGUAUCGCGAGCAGCAACACGAAAGUGAUUAGACUGGUUCAUGGUCUGUUAUCGAGACUGAUGACCAUUUUCCCAGCAGAGCCGACUUCCUCAACAGUGGCGUCGAAAUACGAAGAGCUGGACACUUUAUACACCACCGUUGGCAAAUUCAUCGUGGACGGUCUGGCGACCUACGAGAAAAAUACGGCAGCUACUCCCAGCACGCUGUUCGGUACCCUGAUGAUGCUGAAGGCGGCCUGCACGAAUAAUCAGAGCUACAUCGAUCGACUGAUAACUCCCUUCAUGAGGGUCCUUCACAGAAUGGCCAAGGAUCACCUGCACUCGACUCAGGCAGAGGCGAAUCCUGUUGGAAGCGAAUUAUUAAUCCUCAGCUUGGACCUGGUAAAGAAUCGAGUGAUGGUGAUGGGCGUAGAAAUGAGGAAAUCGUUCAUCGGCUCGAUUCUAGUCGGUCUGAUCGAGAAGACGCAGGAUAUCAAAGUGAUGAAGGCCAUCACGAAGAUGCUGGAGGAGUGGAUGAAGAAUAAGAACCCCAUAGCUAUGAACCAAGCACCCAGCUUGCGCGAGAAGUCGAUUUUGUUGGUGAAGAUGAUGCAGUACGUGGAAAAACGGUUUCCCGAUGAUUUGGAAUUGAACCGACAGUUCCUGGAGCUCGUCAAUUUCAUCUACCGAGACGAAGCCUUGAAAUCGUCGGAACUGACUUCGAAAUUAGAGCCAGCGUUUUUAUCCGGUCUACGAUGUAUUCAACCCCAGAUUCGAGCGAAGUUCUUCGAGGUGUUCGACGGGUCCAUGAGGAGGCGGCUGCACGACAGGCUUUUGUACAUUAUUUGCAGUCAAAGCUGGGACGCGAUCGGACCACAUUACUGGAUCAAACAGUGUAUAGAGUUGUUGUUGGUCACCUCGAACUCUACCACUCAGAUUCAGAUGUCUAAUCAGGACACGUUGCUGCCCAGCGUGACGUCCGUGAUAAACAUGACGGACAGCGAGGAGCACAAGAAUUUCAUGAUCUACAGCUCGAUCAAGGAGGAACCGCAGGACAUUUCCGACACGGCUGACGUGAAGGACGAUAUACUGGACAUGGAUUUGGCUAACGUAGACUCCACGACAGUCCCCGAAGAGAUCGCUACCACGGGGAGGACGACCUUGACGCAGCUAAUCGCGAAGCAGGGCGAGUUCAUCGAGCAUGCGAAGAAGAUCAGAACGGAGCAGCUUUUGUUGGCCGCGGCGCAGCUUUGCCACAUGGACACCAAUCUGGCGGAGCGUGUCUGGCUGGACACCUUCCCGAGAAUCUGGGGGAUCCUCGACGAACAUCAGCACAGCACACUGAUUGCCGAAGUGGUGCCGUUCAUUUGCAGCGGCACGCACGUCAUUCAGAAGGACUGUCAUCCGAGCGCGAUCGCGACGUUCGUCGAAGCGAUCGCUCACUGCAAUCCUCCGGUGCCCAUGAGACCGGCCUUGAUGAAGUACCUGGGCAGAUCCCACAAUCUCUGGCACAGGAUGACGCUGAGCUUGGAACAGAUGGCGUUCGACAACGGCAACAAUCAAUUUAAGAUCAAGAGAGAAUCGGACUGUUACGACUUCGAGCCUGACAAUAGUCCUCACGCCGAGAUUCUGGACUCUUUGUCGGACAUGUACUCGUUGCUCUGCGAAGAGGACAUGUGGUCCGGACUCUGGCAGAAGCAUGCGCAUUAUAAGGAGACUCUUCAAGCUACCGCGCUCGAGCAACAAGGCUUCUUCGAGCAAGCUCAGGGAGCGUACGACGUAGCCAUGACGAAGUUCAAGCAGGACUACGUUUCGACUCCUGCUCCUUUCAAGAUCCAGAGAGAGGCUAUGCUCUGGGAGCAACACUGGAUCAGAUGCGCGAAGGAGCUGAAUCAGUGGGAUCUAUUGUUGGACUAUGGCAGCAAGAAAGCGGAGAAGAACCCGUUCUUGAUUCUGGAGAGCUCUUGGCGUAUUCCAAACUGGACGAUGAUGAAGGAAGCUCUGGCCCAGGUGGAGCACAAUUGUCCCAAGGAGAUGGCUUGGAAGGUGAACUUGUACCGAGGUUUCCUGGCGAUCUGCAACAGCGAGGAUCAGCACCUGAACGCGGUGGAACGCUAUGUGGAGCUUGCAUCAGGUCUGUGCAUGCGCGAAUGGCGCAGGUUGCCUCACAUCGUCAGUCACGUGCACCUGCCGUUGCUGCAGGCCGCGCAGCAGAUCAUGGAACUGCAAGAAGCGAUGCAGAUCCAUCAGGGCCUGUUGCACGGCAGGAGCACGUCGCUGCACGAUAUGAAGGCUAUCGUAAAGACCUGGAGGAACCGGCUUCCUGUGAUAGCCGACGAUCUUAGCCACUGGUCAGACAUCUUCACCUGGCGGCAGCAUCACUAUACUUUCAUUUCGAGCCACUAUGAUUCUCAGCAAGACCAGACGACCAAUCAUUCCAUGCUGGGCGUGCACGCAUCGGUGCAGGCGAUCAUCCACUUCGGCAAGAUCGCGAGGAAGCACAAUCUCUGCGGCGUCUGCUUGGAUUCUUUGUCGAGGAUCUACACGAUCCCCAGCGUUCCUAUUGUCGAUUGCUUCCAGAAGAUCAGGCAGCAGGUGAAGUGCUACCUGCAGAUGGCCUCUGUGAGCGGGAAGAACGAGCUGCAGGAGGGCCUGGAGGUGAUCGAGUCCACGAACCUCAGGUACUUCACCAAGGAGAUGACCGCUGAGUUUUACGCCCUGAAGGGAAUGCUGUUGUCGCAAAUCGGGAGGUCGGACGACGCUAACAAAGCAUUCUCCGCUGCUGUACAACUGCACGACACCUUGGUCAAGGCGUGGGCUCUAUGGGGAGACUAUCUGGAGCAUAUAUUCACCAGAGAUGCUCGUCAGAUCUCGAUAGGGAUCUCGGCGAUCACUUGCUUCCUCCACGCCUGCAGACACCAAAACGAGUCCAAGUCUAGAAAGUACCUCGCCAAGGUCUUGUGGCUUUUGACUUACGACGACGACAAGUUCUCCUUGAUGGAGGCUGUGGAUAAGUACGCCGUUGGGGUUCCUCCUAUUCAAUGGCUACCUUGGAUACCUCAACUUCUGAUGUGUUUGGUGCGACACGAGGGCAACGUCAUUCUGAAUCUACUUAGUCAAGUUGGAAGAGUAUUCCCGCAAGCGGUGUAUUUUUCGAUCAGGACUCUGUACCUGACCCUGAAGAUAGAGCAGAGGGAAAGAUACAAGAGCGCGGAACUGGCUGCAGGAAAGAACCAGGAAGGUGUCGAGGGUCGUGGAGCAGGUGGAAACGUUCAGCAACAGGGAGUGCCGGAAACCGGACCUAUUCGAGCCACGCCGCCCAUGUGGAGGUGUUCGAAGAUCAUGCACAUGCAGCGGGACAUUCACCCGACCAUUCUGUCCAGCUUGGAGGGAAUCGUGGAUCAGAUGGUGUGGUUCCGGGAGACCUGGUACGAGGAGGUUCUCAGACAAUUGAGACAGGGCCUGGCCAAGUGUUACGCGAUAGCCUUCGAAAAUCGCGGGGCUGUCAGCGAGGCUACCAUCACUCCCCACACGCUGAACUUCGUGAAGAAGCUGGUCUCGACGUUCGGAAUUGGAAUAGAAAACAUAUCCCCAUCUCAAAACGUGAACAACACAUUUGGCUCAGCGGCUUCAGAGUCGUUGGCGCGCAGGGCACAAGCCACCGUCCAGGAUCCCGUUUUCCAGAAAAUGAAAGGUCAAUUCACUAGCGACUUCGACUUUACCGUGCCCGAGGCCAGGCUGCUGCACAAUCUCAUCAGCAAGCUGAAGAAGUGGAUCAAGAUUCUCGAAGGCAAGACCAAGCAGCUGCCCAAGUCCUUCCUCAUCGAAGAGAAAUGCAGAUUUCUCAGCAACUUCAGCCUGAAGACCGCGGAGGUGGAACUUCCCGGCGAAUUCCUGCUACCGAAACACUCCCACUAUUACGUCAGGAUAGCCAGGUUCAUGCCCAGAGUCGAAGUCGUCCAACGACACAACACAGCAGCCAGAAGAUUGCGCAUCAGAGGACACAACGGUCGCCUCUACCCUUAUUUGGUUGUGAACGACGCCGGGUUAGGGGAUGCUAGACGCGAGGAACGCGUUCUUCAACUGCUGAGGAUGUUGAAUCACUACCUAGCAAAACAGAAGGAGACCUCCAGGAGGUUCUUGCACUUCACGGUGCCGCGAGUUGUCGCGGUUUCCCCGCAGAUGAGACUAGUCGAAGAUAAUCCUGCUUCGGUUUCUUUACUGGACAUUUAUAAACAAGGCUGUGCAAAACUAGGAAUAGAGCACGACGCUCCUAUAGCUAGGUAUUACGAAAGGUUGGCUGCUGUGCAGGCGAGAGGAGCGCAAGCGAGUCAUCAAGUUCUCAGGGAUAUUUUGAAGGAGGUGCAGACGAGCAUGGUUGCUAGGACGAUGCUGAAGGACUGGGCGGUGAAGACUUUCCCGGGAGCCACGGAUUACUGGACCUUUAGAAAAAUGUUCACGUUACAAUUAUCUUUGGCCUGCUUCGCGGAGUACGUGCUUCACCUGACGAGGUUGAAUCCCGACAUGAUGUACGUGCAUCAGGAUUCCGGACUGAUAAACAUCGCCUACUUCAAAUUCGACGUCGACGACACCUCUGGCGAACUGGACGCCAACAGACCUGUUCCGUUCCGGCUCACGCCGAAUAUCCUCGAGUUCCUGACUAGCACAGGUGUCUCCGGGCCUCUGACAGCGAGUGCGAUCGCCACGGCGCGCUGUCUAGUGCAGCCAUCCUUCAAAGUACACACGAUUCUUCGUGCGAUCUUACGCGACGAGGUGAUCGCGGAUCACAACAAGAAACAAGAGGAUGCUGAAAACGCGUCCCAAACACCGACGGACAUGAAAGGCGAACUUCUAAUUACUAUGGUGACACGCGCGGUCACGGCGAUCGUCUCUAGGUUAAACUCUCUAGCCAAUUUCGAUGGGACCGACAGCAAAGUCAGCACGCUGGUUGCUGCGGCGAACAGCCACGACAAUCUGUGCAGGAUGGAUCCAUCUUGGCACCCGUGGCUGUAGAACAACUUCUACGGCUGGCCUAAACGUGCUUCCAUUACGAACAAUCGCUGGAAACGUCGAUCAGCUUGAACGGUUCUCCACCUUUUGUGCAGUCUUUGUAUCUCUUUCCUUGCUUUCGUUUUGAAUUCCGCGCCAAACCGUCUGAGUUCAUCGAUGCUCCCGGCUUACGGAUCUCUUGAGUCGUUCGUUAUCCUUUUCCUUUCAACGAACAGGGAGUGUUGUCCAAUCUACUAUAUCCCGAUAUUUAUCGAACGUGUCUCGCUAAUCAAAUCGGGGAGAAGCGAUUGGUCGGUACUCUUUGUCGGAACGUCCCUGUUUCAUGUAAAUAUUACGUAGUCACGUAAGGUGUUACUUACAAGGUGCGUUUUCUUUUGUAACUUUAGCGAACGGAAUAGUUUGCGACUUUCAUUUACCCACGUGUUUAUAUAUCGUGUACAAAUUCUCGUCUAUCCCCGGGAAUACUACGUGUAUCAUUUACUGUACAUAAUUUUAAAUAUAAGAGUUAUUUAUAGAUCUGUUUAUAAAUCCGCAAGGACGAGAAGAAAGGAUGGAAUAAAGUGUCCGAAACAAUAACACCUUUUCUAA